AUGACGUCCAAACAUAGUUUCGAACGAGCCGGCAUACUUGCGUUGGGCCUUGUUGCUACAAGCUCUUUUGUUGCCGCCGGCCCUUGUGACAUCUACUCUUCAGGUGGCACACCCUGUGUUGCCGCUCACAGUACUACUCGUGCACUCUACGAUGCUUAUAGUGGCCCGCUGUACCAAGUGAUACGAAAUUCUGAUAGCAGCAAGACUGAUAUCUCCCCAUUGGCCGCCGGCGGCGUUGCAAAUUCUGCCGCGCAAGACUCCUUCUGUUCAGGAACAACUUGCCUCAUAUCUAUCAUCUACGACCAAUCUGGAAAGGGCAAUCAUCUCACUCAAGCUCCGAAAGGCGGUUGGAGUGGACCUGGACCAAAUGGUUCAGACAACUUAUCCACCGCGACCAGCGCUCCAAUCUACCUGAACGGACAAAAGGCGUACGGUGUGUUUAUUGCACCUGGUGACGGCUACCGUAACGAUAAAACCUCUGGCAUAGCUACUGGCGAUGCAGCUGAAGGAAUGUACGCCAUCUUUGACGGAACACACUACAACGGUGGUUGUUGCUUCGACUACGGUAAUGCUGAAACCAGUGGUACUGAUACAGGCGCUGGUCAUAUGGAGGCUAUCUACUUUGGUGACUGUAAUGUCUGGGGUACUGGUUCUGGAUCAGGUCCAUGGAUUAUGGCUGAUUUGGAGAAUGGUCUCUUCUCCGGUUAUAACGCCAAGCAAAAUACCAAUGAUGCAUCCAUCACUUGGCGAUUUGUCACUGCAGUUGUGAAGGGUGAGCCAAACAAUUGGGCAAUCCGUGGUGGCAAUGCCCAAUCUGGUUCUCUCUCGACAUACUACAGUGGCAUACGCCCAUCAGGCUACAAUCCAAUGCACAAAGAAGGCGCCAUUAUCCUCGGCACGGGUGGUGACAACAGUAACGGUGCUCAAGGCACUUUUUACGAGGGCGUGAUGACUUCUGGCUACCCUUCUGAUUCAACUGAGAAUUCCGUUCAAGCCAAUAUCGUUGCCGCUGGUUAUUCCACAUCCCCUGGUAGCCACACAACAACUUCCACCACCCUUAUCACCACUACUACCACCCCAGUAUCUGGAGCCGGUCAAACACACUGGGGCCAAUGUGGAGGUAGCGGAUACUCCGGUCCAACGAGCUGUGUUGCACCAUACGCUUGCACAACCGCUAACCCUUAUUACGCUCAGUGUCUCUAA